AUGGACAGACUCAAGAGCACAGCCAGGCGCACCCUCAAGCAGCUCAGCAGCCUCUCGCUCGGCCAGAAACUCUAUGGUGCAUGCUUCAUAUCGCUGGCCGUCGCGCUGACGGUCCUCUUUGCCGUCUGCCAUCGGGCCAUCUUCAAGGCACUCGAGCCACUCAAGGCCGAUAUGCGGCAGUCACGCUGGGCCUGGCUCGCGCUGGUGGGUGCGACUACUGCUACGUCCUUUCCGCCGCUCAUUGGCUAUAGUACAUCCAUCACCUUGGCUGGAUAUGUCUAUGGAUUCAGUCUUGGCUGGUCUAUUGGUGCACUAGGAUCAGUGAUUGGUGCUGCAGUGACCUUUGCUGUGUAUCGUGGCUUCCUGACUGGCUAUGCUAGUCGUAUGACAGAGUCGAAUCAUCACUUUCGUGCUCUGACGCAGGCCUUGGAUGGUUCAAGCGGCAUGACCCUGCUCAUCAUGAUUCGGUACUGCCCAUUCCCCUUUUCGCUCUCGAAUGCAGCGCUUUCUACCAUUCCAUCGAUCAGCUAUGGCAAGUUUAUGGCUGCAACAGUGAUUGCUCUGCCGCGUAUCUGGAUUCAUGCCUUCAUUGGCAGUCGCUUGGCAAGCUUGGCGGAUGUCGAUGGGAAGGACAAGCAGAGUGCCUUGUUCAACUGGCUUUCUAUUGUGCUUGGUCUUGCACUGGGUAUUGCUACAAGCUACCUCGUCUACAGACGCACCAUGGCCAUUGCUGCCCGCGCCAGAACAGGCACCGACAGCCCCAUACAAGAGGAAGAGGCAGAGGAGCAGGACUUUAACUUUGAGUCUCGUCGCCUGCUGCACUAG